AUGUCAAAACGAAAAAAGGUCGAAACCGAAGGUGUGAGCCCUCCUGCACCUAAACGGAAGUCAAUUCGGAUUGCGAGACAAGAGUCGCUUACGGGAGCCACUAGUAGCCUUAGAAUCAGUUCCGGCUCCAGCUCCAGUGCCCGUUCAAGCUAUGGCUUAAAAGAUCUCCCUUCUUCGGCAUCCAAAUUCGCGUUAGAAGAUGUGGAGGCACUAAAUGCAACCUUCAAAUCGGCUUCCAAUCAGAACGAAGUCAUACCUGAUGUUGCAG